AUCUUUUGCCGACAACAGUUAGCGCCACUGCUGAGACCCGAGAGUUCCUGCAGAAGGUCAUCGAUGUGUUAUUGGACUUUGUGAAGGCGACCAAUGAUCGCAAUGAGAAAAUCUUGGAAUUCCAUCAUCCAGAGGAAAUGAAGACGAUACUAAACUUGGACAUACCCGAUCGAGCUGUGACCUUACAGCAGCUCAUUGAAGAUUGUGCAACAACACUGAAAUAUCAAGUGAAGACUGGGCAUCCACACUUCUUCAAUCAGCUGUCAUGUGGAUUGGACAUCGUCUCGAUGGCUGGCGAGUGGUUGACUGCAACUGCCAAUACCAACAUGUUCACAUAUGAGAUUGCGCCCGUCUUCAUUUUAAUGGAGAAUGUGGUACUCUCAAAGAUGCGUCAAAUCAUUGGCUGGGAAGGUGGCGACUCCAUACUGGCACCAGGCGGUUCGAUUUCCAAUUUGUAUGCAUUCCUUGCGGCACGUCACAAAAUGUUCCCCAAUUACAAGGAACACGGUGCUGCCGGUCUGCCCGGCCAACUGGUGAUGUUCACCUCUGAUCAAUGCCACUAUUCGGUGAAGUCCUGCGCUGCUGUUUGUGGUCUGGGCACAGAUCACUGUGUUAUGGUGCCAUCUGAUGAGCAUGGCAAGAUGAUCAUUUCGGAGUUGGAACGUUUGAUAUUGGAACGAAAGGCCAAGGGUCACAUUCCAUUCUUUGUCAAUGCGACCGCUGGUACUACGGUGUUGGGUGCCUUCGACAACAUCAAUCAGAUAGCGGAUAUUUGCCAGAAGUACAAGUGUUGGUUGCACAUAGAUGCUGCUUGGGGUGGUGGUCUGCUUUUGUCGCGGAAAUAUCGUCAUCCUCGUCUCUCGGGCAUUGAGCGAGCCGACUCGGUCACCUGGAAUCCACAUAAAUUGAUGGGCGCUUUGUUGCAGUGCUCCACCAUACAUUUCAAGGAGGAUGGUCUAUUGAUUAGCUGUAAUCAAAUGUCAGCCGAAUAUCUAUUCAUGACGGACAAACAGUACGACAUCAGCUAUGAUACCGGCGACAAGGUCAUUCAGUGCGGCCGACACAACGACAUCUUCAAAUUGUGGCUGCAGUGGCGUUCCAAGGGCAAUGAGGGUUUCGAACGUCAACAGGAUCGUUUAAUGCAGCUCGCUGAAUACCAAGUGAAGCGUAUACGGGAGCAAUCAGACCGUUUCCAUCUGAUACUCGAGCCCGAGUUGGUCAAUGUUUCCUUCUGGUAUAUACCAAAGCGUUUGAGGGGUGUGCCACAUGAUAAGAGGAAGGAAGCUGAAUUGGCCAAGAUCUGCCCCAUCAUCAAGGGUCGCAUGAUGCAGAAAGGUUCACUGAUGGUCGGCUAUCAGCCAGACGAUCGACGACCAAAUUUCUUCCGCUCGAUCAUCUCAUCGGCCGCUGUGACCGAACAGGAUGUCGACUUUAUGCUAGACGAAAUACAUCGAUUAGGUGACGAUUUGUAAACGAACGAAGGAACUGAAAACGCUGAAUUAACUUGAAUAAAGGACUGUGCAAUUACAGUUACAUAUGUACAGUUAAGUAGGCCAAUGGCGCAACUUGCAGUUCUUAAGACACUCAGGGCUGUAGGCAGUGCACACUAGGCGGCGACAUAGUUCAAUUAACGAAAAUUAGAAAAAAUACAAAAAAAAACAACAAA